AAAAUAAAAAAGGAGGAACAAUGAGUGUGUCUCCAUUACUGUCAGCUGUGUGUUUGCCUCGUUCAACAAACAACUCAUUUACAUUUACACUAACAUUUACAUGUACAUUAACAUUUACAUAAUGAAAAGAUAGAUACAGGAAUGAAUGUAUGCAAAUGGCAUAUGUAUAAAAACUGGCCAGUAACACUCAUAUUCUUAAGUUUAGAUCUGCCUGUUCCAUCCCAAACGCGUCAUGAGUGUGCCAAAAAGACCGGUAGAGGGAGGAGCCAGAGCUGUCCUGUCGCCUGACCAGACCGUUCCAGCUGCUACUCUGCGCGUGACCGCCCAGGAGGUGCUCAGCCUCAAAUUCCCUCUUCUCCGAGAACGCCUCGUCGAGAUGAACAGGAAAUGGGCCAAGCGCACUGCCAAGAUGACAACAGUCUGGCCAGAGCACGGGACUUUCGAUCUAAGCCUCUGCGACGACAUGAGGGUCCUGAUCGCCAACCACAGCCAUUCUGGUUCGGCCAAGAAAAGACUCAAAAAACGCAAUGAGGAAGCUGAGUUUCUGAAGCUGUAUGAAAAACAAGGACAGAACUAUUGUGAUACGGCUAAGGCUUGCUUGCUCGCAGCCAAGACCGAUCAUGAGACUCUAGAGAGGGCCUCCCCUCCCCCAUACGCUAAAGAGAAGAGCGGCUCUGCCCCACCCAGAAAGACUGUGUAUACGGGUGAAGCAGAGAACCCAAGAUAUUCAUCAUCCAUCAUGGCCCAGAACCCUGUUGGACCCCUCCCAAGCCCUGUAAUGAGUCAGGGAAGGCUAGUCCGUAUCAAGGAGCCUCCUUCAUACCAUCAAGCGCCCAUCCUGGUGAGGGGAACUCAGUUGAAUUAUGUGCCCUGGACAACAAUGGACAUGACUGGUUUAAUUGCUCGGCUCCCCAAUCCAUAUGAGGGAGCGAGUAGGUGGAUUAAGGCGUUCGAGCAAGAGACACUGGGCCAUAACAUAGCCAUUGGAGACAUCAAAAUGAUUCUGGGGCGCACCCUCGGAGCUGGAGGCUUGAGUGAUGUCAUGCAUUCUCAGCAUCUGGCCGAGAUCCUAGACACUCAUGCGGGAGACGGAGACCUUUUCAAUGCAAUCCGCACAGAAGUCUGGGAAAGCCUGAGAACCCUCUUUCCGGAUCGGGUGAGGCUGGACAUGCUCACUGGGGAGACAAUUGAGUCAUCUGAGCCACCAAUGGCAUUUAUUCACAAAACUUUGGGGAAAUGGAGAGCUGAACUAUGGAAAAAUCCAGAAGACGAGGUCCUGCAACAAGCAAUGUUUCGACAAGGGGUCGUCCGAGGCCUGACAGAGACUGUUCAGGGGCGGUUGGCAGAUGUAGUGGGUCUCUAUACCAUGCCUUUUGCCCAGUUUUGCGAACACAUCACCCAUGCCGUGGUAAAAGAAAGGAACAAUGAAAACAAAAGGCUGCAGAGUGACCGAGAGGAUGCGCGGAAGCUGAACAAACUCCAACUCAGGUCCGGCCUACAAGCAGUACUCGUCGCUCCCCCUGCUGCCUACAGUCAAAACAGACAGUGGGGGAGCGAGCCAGAAGAGCUGGCGCUGGGCCUAGUUUCCCAGUAGCCGUGGCCCCUUGAGAGAUGACGUAAGAAGCAGGAGUCACCUCUCUACAGGCCAAACUGAAAGGGACUGGGGGGGGGGAGAAAGCAUUCACGGAUAUCAAACUGAGUCUACAACAGGCACCAGCUCUGGCCCUCCCAAACUACGAGAAACCCAUCUUCCUGUCGGGAGGGUCAUGCAGAGGCCUGCUCAACAGAGUUCAA